AUGACAGACGAAAAAGAACUGAGACGAGAAUAUCCGCUGCAUUGGGCUGUGUUCCGAAGUGAUUAUGAGAAUUUGAUGGAAUUGCUGGAGGAAGGGAAUACAGAUGAGAUCAUUGAUAAGCUCGAUGUGAGAGGCCGUACGCCUUUGAUGUUAGCCAUUACUCUUGGCCAUUAUGAUUGUGCUCGAGCUCUGCUAGAAAAAGGAGCCAAUGCAACUAUCCAGAAUGCAGAUAUGUGGUCGCCUAGUCAUGAAGCUAUUUGUGCCGGGAAUAGUGACCUUUUGCGAUUAAUUAUCCAAUAUCGAGAUUAUCAACGAGCUUUGCAAACAAGUUCCGCAAUGGAGCGUUUACUCGCUCUGUUGAAGGAAACAAGCGAUUUUUAUGCAGAAAUGAGUUGGGAAUUUACUAGUUGGUUACCAUUUGUCAGCAAAAUGUGUCCUUCCGAUACGUAUAAGAUUUACAAGUGUGGUUCAAAUGUUCGCAUUGAUACAACAUUGGUUGGUUUUGAUAUAACGUCAAAUUGGAAACGCGGUAACCAGUCCUUCAUAUUUCGUUUUUCUGAUAAUUGUCAAGCACAAUUUAUUGUCUUGGAUCAUGACAGUAAGACGGCUACUGUUCAUACCAUGGAUACACAAUCUACCACUGAUCUCAGGGAUUUUGUUCCACCUGAAGAAGCUAUUUAUUCGCGGAUGACAUCACCUGUUGACACUACUUUUAUUGAUGUAGAGAAGAUCGGAUUUGAACGAUCAAAAGGUGGUGGUCUUUUCUCUUGGCUAAUGUCAUCAGAUCGUGUAGAAGAAGUGGAGGGAUAUGAAUGUAAACAUUUCAAGGUGUUUAAUGCGAGUAAUGUUGACAUAGUCACGAAGACGCGGACGGAGCACUUACUGGAAGGAGAUAAGGAAAGAUUCCGGCGUGAAGAGCAUGAAAAUCCUUUGCACACUGUGUUGAAAUUAGCUGAAAAACAUCAGAAAUGCACUAGCGAAAUGAGACAGACAGGAAGUGAUGUGUAUUGCGGACUAACACCGCAGCAGUAUUUAGAUAAGAAUUAUUCUAUGAAUAAUCGCGACAUUGGAUUACCAAAGCAGGUGACAAAGAAGACUACUUCAUUUAAAGCUACUUUAUGGCUCUGUGAUCACUACCCACUCGAUUUACAGGAUCAAGUAUUACCAAUCAUUGAUCUGAUGGCUGUAAAUAAUGCCCACUUCGCUCGGCUGAAGAAUUUUAUCCAACUGCAGCUGCCAGCUGGUUUUCCUGUAAAAAUUGAAAUUCCGUUAUUUCAUGUUGUUAGUGCACGAAUCACAUUUUCGGCUGUAAAUAUGCCUGGACCUCAUGUUUCUUACAACGUUUCAUCAAACAAAAUAGAAUUCGACCCGGCGACUUUCGAAAUUCCUCAGUAUUAUCGCUCCCUGAACAACGGUGAUUAUGGCAUAUGUAUAAGUGGAAAUACAGCUACAGGCGAAGCGAGCUUCAAUGGAAAUCUUGCAUCAAGAUACAUAUCGGAAGACGAACUCUAUUUACAAUUUGCACUGGAGCAAAGUAUGCGCGAAGCAGCAGGCCUACAAGCAGCAAGCGCUAAUAGUUGUUUCGAGGCAUCCGUUAGCAAUGGUUCGGAUUGGCAUGGAGACAAAGAUUUAGCAUAUGCAAUAGGAGAAAGUAUACGAACGCUUCGUUUGGAACAACUGAUGAGGGAGGAUACUACAACAGUCGAAGGUGCCAAUACCACAGAAUGUCAAACUUUCAUGGACGACGACAUACAGCUUGCAAUACGGCUGUCGCAAAAAGAAGAGGAAGAAAGGCUGAAAGCAUGUGAAGAACAAGAAGAAGAGUUAAAACGUAUCAUAAAACUAUCCCUUAUCGAAAAAUGA